UGCAUUGUAUUUUUAAUAUUUAAUUUCUUCUUGCUAUAAUCCCAAAGUCUGAUUAGGUUGUAAGCUAUCUUUUAAACUUAUUAAGUAAAUCCUAUUAGUUUCUCCAUAUAAUUCAUUUAUAUUCCCACUAUGAACGAGGAACGACUUUCAAUAUCUGCUCAAGGUGGGUAUAAAUAUGAGGAUGGUACUGCUUACGUAGGUACGUGGAAUAGUAAAGGUCAAAAACAAGGAGAAGGUCAUUUGCAGCUACCAGAUGGUACGCGAUAUGACGGGAUGUUUGAAAAGGGUUUAUUCCAUGGUAUUGGGGUGCUUUCGUUUCCCGAUGGAGCAAAAUUUGAAGGAGAAUUUUUUGACGGUUGGUUUCAUGGUUACGGUAUAUUCUGGAGGGCGGAUGGUAUGAAGCACGAGGGUGAAUUCCGCGGUGGAAAAAUUUGGGGAUUAGGUUUAACAACUUUUUCGGAUAACAGUCAUGGUUUUCCCAGAAACGAAGGCUUUUUCCACGAUUGUCAAAUGAAAACAUGUUCGAGAUGCCCUCAAGUUAUCAAGAAAGCUCAGAGAGUCGCUUUUAUGGCCAGAAAUAAAUAUAUCACUAAAUUAAAGGUUUAAAAUACA